AUGGAUUCAGAAUUGGACGAAGUUGAGAUUGUUUUUGCACAGAAGUUAGCAUCCGGUGAGCCGAUCAUUCGUCGACGAGCAUUUCGAACACUAUGUGAUUGGAUUCGAACUGAAUCAGCCAAGCGAGAAUUUGAUUAUAAAGCGAUGUCACAUUUGACGAAAGGGUUGCAUUAUGCAAUGUGGAUGCAAGAUAAAAUGUUAUGGCAAGAGCAACUUGCUGAUAACAUUGCUUCUUUGAUAAAUUUAUUUGAAAGAGAAAAGGAAUCUGUUUCGUUCAUCAAAUCUAUGUUAGUAACAAUUUCUAAUGAAUGGCCACGAAUCGAUCGUUGGAGAAUGGAUAAGUUUCUUAUGUUGAUACGUCGUCUUGUUCGUGCUCUUUUCCAUCGAUUACGUUCGAAGGAUUGGAAAACAACAAUUACUGAUAUGUAUAUCAGUGCUUUCAAAGAUUGUGUUAUUUCAAAUGAUAAAUCAUUUUCGGAAGGACUGAAAUUUCAUUUCGCAUCCGUUUAUUUGGAUGAAUUAGAUGGUGCCGGUGGCUUGGGACGAGAUCAGGUAACGGAACUUUUGAAACCAUACGCUGAGCUUCUUGGUGAUGGAAAAAUAUCGAAUUAUCUUUUUGAUUCCAUUAUACAAGAAAUAUUCCUAUCAAUUUUACAUCAAUAUGCUGAAGACAAAGUGGGGAAGAAUGGAGCUGAUGAAUUAGCUACAGAAAGUGCUAGUGAUCAAGGGAUUAAAUUCGAUUAUGCAGAAAUAAGUCAAUUAUUGCUUGAAAUUGGGAAGAAACCUGGCGUAAAAAGUGCUCGCAGAAAACGAUUAUAUGAUGUAUCAAAAAAAUUUAAAGCAGUUGAAAAUGGUGAGAUUCCCUUUGUUAUGGUUACAAAAGCACAAACACGAUUGAGGACAGAUAUACCAAAGUCUGAAAUAGUAAGCGCUGUUUCACGACUUAUGAAUGAAGUGGAAAAAGACAAAUUAAUGAACAAGAAAGCAAAAUUGGCUUUAAAAAAGAAAGCAUCAUUGAGGAGUGCUUCUCAACCUACGAAAGUCCUUAGAAGUACUAAGAAAACGAAGAUUGAUAAAAAAAUGCGCCACCGAAGUGGUGUGAUUCGUAAAAAGCGCAAGCAACAAAAGCUCUGA